AUGAGCCCUCGUUGCGUACCCUGCGAUCGAGACUUCAGCAGCGAUGAGGCACUGCAGCAACACAAACGAGACUCACCAGCACACAAGUACGACUGUACAACAUGCGAUCGUCAUUUCAAAAACGACAAGGCUCUGGCACAGCACUACCAGAAUGCCGCUGUUCACGCCCAGUCUUCUGAACAUCCAGCCAUUCUUACGAGCUCUCCUCAAAAACAAAAGUCAACCACGAAACUGAAGUCGGCUAGGAAGCCGAAGACAAACAAAAAAUGGUCGUUGUAUCCUUUACUCCACAAUGAAGUAUCCGACCUCCUCUACAAAGACAACAUUUCCUUCAGCUUCUACGAGAAGGACGACGCCAACGGCUGCAUAGACGACUACGAUACGAACAUCAUGGGUCAGUUCGUUUGCAGUAAUACAUCAUGCCCGGCUGUUUGGACAAGCAAGCAAAUAGCCAUAACUAUACGGAGAUAUCCCAACGAGCGAUACAAUGCAAGAGUGUAUUACCAAUCCUGCAAACGCUGCCACAGGACGAGUGAGCCACAACUAGAUUCUUCAUACGCAGAAAGAGUGGCAUAUCGUCUCAAAAAGUGGUCUGGCAUCCAUAUGGAACGCCCUUUCUUCUUCUCAGGGCAGGGUAAGGGUCCACAUAGAAGUGAUCUAUGUGAAGGGUGUAAGCAGGGUCAUUGCAGCAAAAUGGAAUUGUGA